AUGCUUGCUAUCCGUCCUGCUGUGCGGAGGGCCAUUGUGACUCAAUCACGCCGUGCUAUCUCCGCACCGCAGGCACUGGCUUUGGGAGCUCGUCGCCCUGCUCGACUUACAGCUACGACUACGGCAUACAGUGCAUCUUCGCAAAUUCGUUCUUACUCUCGUCCCGCUGAUCCUCAAUUCUCGACCCGUUCGACCGUGGUGCAGCUGCUGAGCAAUAUCGGCUCCAAGCGUGAAGUCCAGCAAUACCUCUCCCAUUUCACUUCGGUCUCAUCUCAGCAGUUCGCUGUUAUCAAGGUCGGCGGCGCCAUCAUCACCGAGCAUUUGCAGACUUUGUCCUCGGCUCUCGCCUUCCUUAACCAUGUCGGUCUUUAUCCCGUCGUUGUGCACGGCGCCGGUCCCCAGUUGAAUAAAAUGUUGGAGGAUGCUGGUGUUGAGCCUCACUUCGAAGACGGUAUCCGUGUUACGGAUGGUAAGACUUUGGCUUUGGCUAGAAAGCUCUUCUUGGAGGAGAACUUGAAGUUGGUGGAGGAAUUGGAGAAUAUGGGUGUCCGUGCUCGUCCCAUAACCACCGGCGUUUUCUCGGCAGAUUACCUCGACAAGGAAAAAUACAACCUGGUCGGCAAGAUCAACAGUGUCGACAAGAAGCCCAUUGAGGCUGCCAUCGAGGCAGGAUGUCUGCCUAUCCUGACCUCAAUGGCCGAGACUCCUGAGGGCCAGGUUCUCAACGUUAACGCAGAUGUUGCUGCUGGCGAACUCGCCCGUGCUUUGCAGCCCCUCAAGAUUGUCUACCUCGCCGAAAAGGGAGGAUUGUUCAACGGUGACACUGGCGAGAAGAUCUCUGUCAUCAAUUUGGAUGAAGAGUACGACCAUCUUAUGACCCAAUGGUGGGUUCGACACGGCACACGUCUGAAGAUCAAGGAAAUGAAGGAGCUUCUUUCCGACCUUCCUCGCACGUCUAGCGUUGCUAUCAUUCACCCAGCAGACCUUCAAAAGGAAUUGUUCACCGACUCUGGAGCGGGUACCAUGAUCCGACGGGGUAACAAGGUCCACAUCAAGUCCUCCCUCUCUGAGUUUGAGGAUCUUGCUGCUCUCAAAGACGUGUUGAUCCGCGACCGUGAGGGCCUCGAUGCCAAGGCUACUGUCGACCGCUAUGUUGAAGGUCUGAAGGACCGUCCUUUCAAGGCAUACUUCGACGAGCCCAUGGAUGCUCUGGCUGUUGUCCUUCCUCAGCAGGACUCUGCCUUUGCACAUCUUGCUACAUUCACCAUCACAAAGGCUGGAUGGCUCACAAACGUUGCCGACAACGUUUUCACCAGCAUCAAGAAAGACUUCCCCAAGCUCGUCUGGACCGUGAAGGCCGACGACGAGAAUCUCACCUGGUUCUUCGACAAGGCGGAUGGUAGCUUGUCUCGUGAUGGCGAUGUCCUCUUCUGGUACGGUCUGGAAGAUGGCGACGAAGUUAAGCAGUUGGUUCUUGAGUUCACCAAGAAUGGCCGCCAGAUGUUCGGUGACUACAAUCUUGAAGCUAGGUUGCAUCGUGCUGCCCAGGCCGCCUUGAAUAUUGGCAAGACUGGUCAGCAGAAGCGCUCCUACUCGACGCUUCGUACCAACGCUCUGCAGUCGUUCCGUAGCGGAACCCAAGGCGCCUCUGGUCGACGAUCAUACAGCACCAAUCCCAACCCUCCUCUUGGCGAGAAGAACGUUUCUAACAACCGCCCGUCUAAAGUCGCUUUGAUCGGAGCUCGAGGCUACACCGGCCAAGCACUUAUCAACCUCAUCAACUCCCACCCAAAUAUGGACUUGCGCCACGUUUCUUCCCGUGAACUUGCUGGUAAGAAGCUCGAAGGCUACGACAAGCGGGAGAUCAUCUACGAGAACCUCAGCCCCGAUGACGUACGCCGCAUGGCUUCAAACGGCGACAUUGACUGCUGGGUCAUGGCUCUUCCCAACGGUGUCUGCAAGCCUUUCGUUGAUGCAGUUGACCAAGGAGCAGACAAGGGUGGUUUGAUUGUCGACCUCAGCGCCGACUACCGCUUUGACCCAUCUUGGACCUAUGGUCUCCCUGAGCUCGUUAACCGAUCCACUAUUGCUCGUGCAACUCGCAUUGCCAACCCUGGCUGCUAUGCAACUGCUGCUCAGCUUGGUAUUGCGCCAUUGGUGCCUCAUUUGGCUGGACAGCCAACUGUUUUCGGUGUCUCGGGUUAUUCAGGAGCUGGCACCAAGCCUAGUCCCAAGAACGACGUCAACAUUUUGACCAACAAUAUUGUUCCUUACAGUUUGACGGACCAUAUCCAUGAGCGUGAAAUUAGCGCUCAACUCGGAACCAGCGUCGCGUUCAUCCCUCACGUCGCUGUUUGGUUCCAGGGCAUCCACCACACCAUCAGCCUUCCUCUUAAAGAAGUGAUGUCAUCCCGGGAUGUCCGCAACCUUUACCAAGACCGUUAUGCCGGUGAGAAAUUGGUCAAGAUCGUUGGCGAGCCGCCUCUCGUCAAGGACAUCGCUGGUCGUCACGGUGUCGAGAUUGGUGGAUUCGCUGUGCAUUCGAGCGGCAAGCGUGUUGUCAUCUGUGCAACAAUCGACAACCUCCUCAAGGGCGCUGCUACACAAUGUCUUCAAAACAUGAACCUUGCGCUUGGCUACUCAGAGUACGAGGGAAUCCCACUCGAGUAG